UCAUCACCAUCUACACACACAUACAUAGCCUCUUCUUCCUUUUAUUAUAGAUGUUGCCCGCUAUGGGAGACAAUGUUGUAGUGUCCAAUAUGGAGCUAGAGAAGUUGCUUAGCAUGAAAGGAGGCAGAGGAGAAGCCAGCUAUGUCAACAAUUCCCAAGCACAGGCCAUGCAUGCGAAGUCAAUGCUUCACCUUCUAAAAGAAACCCUAGACAGAGUUGAAGUAGAUGCAUCAAGAGAGAUGCCAUUUGUGGUGGUGGAUUUGGGUUGUUCAUGUGGGAUCAACACAAUAAACGUUGUGGAUGUGAUGAUAAAGCACAUUAUGAAGCGCUAUGAGGGUUUGGGAUUGGAUCCACCCGAAUUCACAGCUUUCUUCUCCGAUCUUCCUAGCAAUGACUUCAACACUCUCUUUCAGCUCCUUCCACCCAUGCCUAACUAUGGAGUCAGCAUGGAAGAGUGCCUCGCCGCCAAAAACCACCGUUCUUACUUUGCCGCCGGAGUCCCCGGCUCUUUCUACCGGAGGCUUUUUCCGGCCAGGUCCAUCAAUGUUUUCCACUCUGCCUUCUCUUUACAUUGGUUAUCUCAGGUGCCAGAAGCAGUAACGGAGAAGAGGUCAAGUGCAUACAACAAAGGGAGAGUGUUCAUCCAUGGAGCCAAUGAGAUAACAGCAAUUGCAUACAAGAAACAGUUCCAAUCAGACUUGGCAGCGUUCCUGAGGUCAAGAUCUGUGGAGAUGAAGAGAGGUGGGUCCAUGUUCUUGGUUUGCUUGGGUAGAACCUCUGUGGACCCCACCGACCAGGGUGGUGCUGGUCUCCUCUUUGGGACCCACUUUCAGGAUGCUUGGGAUGAUCUUGUCCUUCAGGGGUUAAUUAGCAGUGAGAAACGUGACAGUUUCAACAUUCCAGUUUAUGCACCAAGCCUACAAGACUUCAAGGAGGUGGUUGAAGGUGACGGGUCAUUCGCCAUCCACAAGCUGGAGGUUUUCAAAGGAGGAAGCCCUCUUGUGGUUGACCAACCGGACAACGCCAGCCAAGUCGGAAAGGCCCUGGCCAACACCUGCCGGAGUGUCUCCGGCGUCCUUGUUGACGCCCACAUCGGAGAAGACCUUAGCCACGAGCUCUUUCUUAGAGUGGAGCACAGAGCUACCUGCCAUGGCAAAGACUUGUUAGAACAACUUCAGUUCUAUCACAUAGUUGCAUCCCUUUCUUUUCUUCAAUCAUAAUUUACAAUUCACUUAGAACAAAAAGGGAGGGGGCAAAAUGUUAUGUGUACUUAUUUUGUAUUAUAUACUAAUUAAGUUUCCAUAUAUAUGUUUCUUUACUAUUAAA